AUAUCAUUGAAACUUAUGGCUUUACAAAAGAUCCUGAAUUAGAGGAUUACAUAAUAGUUAUGGAAUAUGCAUCAGGAGGGGAUUUACAUAAGCAUUUGCAGAAGGGUUUUGUACGUAUUACAUGGGAAUAGAGAAAAAUUACGUAUUUUACAUCAAAUUUCAGACUUGAAACUAUUCAUAAUAAAGAAUUUAUGCAUCGAGAUUUCCAUAGUGGAAACAUAUUAUUUGAUCCAAAUUUUAGAGUGUUAAAUGAUGAUUGGAAAAUUGGAGAUCUAGGAUUAUCACAAGCUGUGAAUAGUGAAUCAUCAAAUAAUGAAGUAUAUGGAGUAAUACCUUACAUUGCACCGGAAAUAUUUAGGGGGUCUAUAUUUUCUAAAGAAGCUGAUAUUUAUAGUUUUGGUAUGAUUAUGUGGGAACUU